UUCAUCAGAUUUGGAAGAAAGUAGAGUGAAUGCAGAGGUGCCAGACUGCUGCUAAGGUCCAUGGACAAUCCCCAGCCCACUCUUCUCUAUCCAACUUUCAGAUUUAUGAGUAAUAUGCUGUCUUUGCAAGAUCAACUGAAACUAGUACCGAGAAGGUAUAAUCUUCAAUCCCUGGAAUAGACGUGCUCUCAGGACAAUGGCUUCAAAGGUCUCCUGUUUAUAUGUUUUGACCGUUGUGUGCUGGGCCAGCGCUCUGUGGUAUUUGAGCGUAACUCGUCCAACUUCUUCCUAUACGGGCUCCAAGCCAUUCAGCCAUCUCACAGUGGCUAGGAAAAACUUUACCUUUGGCAACAUAAGAACUCGACCUAUAAACCCACAUUCUUUUGAAUUUCUUAUAAAUGAGCCCACCAAAUGUGAGAAAAACAUUCCUUUCCUUGUGAUCCUCAUUAGCACCACUCACAAGGAAUUUGAUGCCCGCCAGGCCAUCCGGGAGACCUGGGGGGAUGAGAAUAACUUUAAAGGGAUCAAGAUAGCCACACUCUUCCUCCUGGGCAAGAACUCAGAUCCUGUCCUGAAUCAGAUGGUGGAACAAGAGAGCCAGAUCUUUCAUGAUAUCAUUGUGGAGGACUUCAUUGAUUCCUACCACAACCUCACCCUGAAAACAUUAAUGGGCAUGAGGUGGGUGGCCACUUUCUGUUCAAAAGCCAAGUACAUCAUGAAAACAGACAGUGACAUUUUUGUAAACAUGGAUAACCUUAUUUAUAAACUCCUGAAACCUUCUACCAAGCCAAGAAGAAGGUACUUUACUGGCUAUGUCAUCAAUGGGGGGCCCAUCCGAGAUGUUCGCAGUAAGUGGUAUAUGCCCAGGGAUUUGUACCCUGACAGCAACUACCCGCCAUUCUGUUCGGGGACUGGGUAUAUCUUUUCAGCCGAUGUGGCUGAACUUAUUUACAAGACCUCACUCCACACCAGGCUGCUUCACCUAGAAGAUGUGUAUGUGGGAUUGUGUCUUCGAAAAUUAGGCAUACAUCCCUUCCAGAACAGUGGCUUCAAUCAUUGGAAAAUGGCCUACAGUUUGUGUAGGUACCGUCGUGUUAUCACCGUGCAUCAGAUCUCUCCAGAAGAAAUGCACAGAAUCUGGAAUGACAUGUCAAGCAAGAAACAUCUUAGAUGUUAG